GGGUGAUUUUAUAUUUAAUAGCUUUGGCGUUGGGGUUGGGAGAGAAAGUUGAGACGACUUGUAAAGUUGAAACCAAUCCAAAAUGUAGAACCCCAAGUCAUGGAUCCGUAAGCUCAACGUCCCAACGUCAUACCUCAACUUCCUCUUCUUAAUUAACUUCUUUCUUCUCCUAAACCAGAAACCCACUUUAUAAAUACCCAUUUUUUAAUUUCUCAUCUCCCAAACCACCCCCCUCCAAAAUUCAGUUCCCAUCCACCACCAUGCCCGGCGUCUCUGUUCCCAGAAGUAGGCGGCCACAGUCGUCUUCACGACCCCUCAUCGACGUCGUUUCAUGGUACUGCGCCGUGGGGCUAUUGGGCCUGAUCUUGAUUGGUUCCAUCAGAGAAACAUCCUCCUCCGGUGACGGCAGGUUGUUGAGAGGGAACUUGGUGACGUGGCGUCCCUGCGAUGAGAUAUAUGUGGUGGGAGAAGGAGAAACGCUUCAUACGAUUAGCGAUAAGUGCGGUGACCCGUAUAUCGUGGAGCGGAACCCCCAUAUCCAUGACCCGGAUGACGUUUUCCCCGGUUUGGUUAUUAAAAUUAUAGCCUCCUCCACCCACAUAAACCUUCCAACUUCGGAUUAAUCCAAUCCUUCUUCAAUUUUAUUUUAUCCUUUUUUUUUUUUUUAUUUAAACUCCUAAGGCCGGAUAGAUAGAUGUGCAUAUGAUGUCGAGGUUUGUGGAUUUUUCUUUUUUAAGGAUAUAGAGGUAAAAUAUAUAGCUCAUCUUCUUCUCUAUGUAUAAAUAAACAUCAUAAUUGAUACAUAUAUAUCUAAGUAAAUUUGUAUUUUCUCUUC